GCGAUCGAGCCCGGGCUCUCGGACUCUCCCUGUGGCCGGGCCCGGGCGGUGAGGACAGGCCCGCCCGCCCGCCGCCUCACCGGGACAUGGCCGCCGCCAUCAGCGCCGGCCUCCUGGGCCGCGGCCACAGGAUCCUUCUCCUGUGCCACACACGGAGAGCAUUUGCGUCGCAGACUGAUGGGGAAGCCAGGGUGGUGCAAGUCCUCAAAGAAAAAUUCCCUCGGGCUUCGGCCAUCAAAGUAGUGGAUAUAUCAGGAGGCUGUGGAGCAAUGUAUGAAAUUCAUAUAGAAUCUGAAGAAUUUAAAGAAAAGAGAACUGUCCAGCAACAUCAAAUGGUUAAUCAGGCACUAAGUGAAGAAAUUAAAGCAAUGCAUGGACUACGGAUAUUCACAUCUAUUCCAAAGCACUGAAGAUGAACCAGGCAGCAUUGUUAGAAACCUGUGUGGAGAUAGGACACCUAUGGGCAUGAGACAAAACAGGAAGUUUGUAUUAUGGACUUACCUUUAAAUCAAUAUUUAAUGGUGUUAAAACAAAGACUGUAAGUAUUUCAGAAGCUAUUUAAAGAGAGAUCCUAUUUCAUGUUUAUUUAAUUUUAACUUGUAGAUUGAUUUCUUAUCCUUUCAUAAAGUACCUGAUGCCAAAUCUUAGUUGGUUACUUUAUCAAAAAACUAAUCACUGUAAGUCAAGGAUGGAACUGGAAUGCCAUGGUUUGUGGAGCAUGUUGCAGAGGGAAGUAUUGGCUUCCAAAGUAUCUUUCAUUACUAACAUCUAGUGGAAAAGGACCCCAGCUGUGGUGAUUCUACAAAGAGAUCAUGAACAAAAAAUCCCAAAAUAAGAAUGUAUGUUUUUGCUGUCUACUUCACUAGUGUUCUGGUGUAGCUCAGAGGAAACCAGGGCAGUGAGGAAACUGCAGCUUACAAAGAAAUUACUUCAGAGGCUGUAUAGUCCCCUAGUCAAUGUGCCUUCUCAGUCAAUCAUCUUACUUCAAACAUGGCUUUGUAAGAGAAGCUUGCAGGAUAAUCCUGAGCUGUCUGGCACAGCUACUGAAUAUGAAAUUAAGACUGUUUCUUAAUAAAUGAAAGGCUUUAAGUUACAUUACUUCAGUGUGAUGUCCUUGAAAGGAUAAGGUGCUCUGGUUUCCUGUUGGGCAAAACUCAAGGCAUGAUGCUCUGAGUCUGAAUUAUGAGGAUCACCUUUUCUUCAUGGCAUCUGUGAAAGUGCUUGUUUUACUCAAACUCCUGUGAAGUGUGAAUGUUUCUUUGAUAAGGAUUGGCUAGUCAACUUUUAGUUGAGCAUGUCUGUGCCUUAAGUUCAAGCUUUCUCAUGCCAGAUUUAAUUGUACCUCAGCCAGUUAGUAGUUAGCUAUUAAAAUAAUAAGUUAUAUUAAAGUUUUAUUGCAUUAUAAGUAAUUGUCUAUUGAUAUUUCGGGGGUGGGCAGUGACUGAGGUGCUUGGUAAGCAUGGAGGAAUAGUAACUGGAGUUAGGUAAGCCAAAUCCUAGGACCUUGAUGCUGCUGCCUUUUUUUUUUUUAACAAUCCAUAUGGUAAGUAGAACACUGACUAGAGGAGCACUAAAGUACCCCUGCGUGGCCAUAUUUUAGAAGGCUGGAGUCCAACUUCUUCCUCUGCUACAGCCACCUGUUAUCAGAUAGGGAUGUAGAGGUGCAAAGUAUUGCAUCUACUGAAGGAUUUUCCUUACUGUUUAUGUUGCAACUGCUGCAAAACAUGCUGCUGGUUUAGUGGACAUUAACUGGCAAGAGAUCUCAAUUAUGCCCUACCUACCAAGACUGAGGUGUUGCACUAGAACCUCUCUACUUAACUGAUAGUUUGCAGGUGAGUGCUUCUUGAUUCAUGAAACAAACAUGACUAGAUACAUAAUGUGUCUUGGGAGCAUAAAUUCUGAAAUGCAUAAGAUGUCUAUUGUUUUAAGUAGCUAUUCUAACAUCUAAUAAUUUUAAUCAUCAUACACACUUCAGUUUGGAAGUGGUAUAGCCAUGCUGGCCCAGUAAUAUCUUAUCUUUUUUUACUGGACCAACUUCUGUUAAAAAUAUUACCUCACUCAGGUUGUUUCUAAUGAAAUUUUAGGGCCUACCUGGAUGAUUACUGCUGUGCAGGGUGCUGUCUCGUAAAGCUUCAUGGAAGUAGUGGUUGAGGAGAGCUGUAGCUAAUAGCGAGAAACUGGAAAUAUCUCAUUAGUUACUGCCCUAAAGUUAUUGAUGCAAAGAACUUGUUUAUAGGGGCUGUGAGGCUUUUUUUCUAUGCAACUUUCAUCAGAACUCUGGUGCCCACAUGUCUAUUGUUGCAGUCAUUACAUUUUGUUUGAUGAGCCUGAGGUAGGCCUACCUCAGACACCUCCUGCAACAAUUAUGAAAAAUAUCCUAUCAAAAACACUUCUAAGAGCCUCUACAGUGAUAGUUCAGCUCUUCUCCAGCAGUUUAAGUUUAUACAAUGGAAAAAAGUUUUCCAUUGUAGUAAAUACCAACUGAAGUACUUUGCACAUCUGUAGCACAUUUCCUGGGAGAACAGACACUGCUUCACAGGUAUUACCAACCCCGCUAUGAUCACUUUACAUAUUUGGGAAACAGAAAAGAUUAAGUUGCCCAAUCUCAUGCAGGAAGCAUAGGGUAAAGCCAGGACUAGAACUCUGCUAAAUCUUGUGCCUGUCCUUAAAAUGUGUUACUAGGAGCCAGCAGCAGACCGACAAACCUGCUGUAAACACAGUUCAAACAAUUUAAGUUUAAGUAGAGCAAAUUGCCUGUAGAUAGGGUCCUGGUUCUCCCACUCAGUGUUGCUGCAAUCAGAGGGGGAGUUUAUCAUUCAGAAGAGAAAACAACUUCAGUUGUAAGUUUCUAUAGCUGCAGGAAUUUCCAUUACUAUUUCCUUAAGCAAAUGCCUUUUGAAAAUUUUACCCUUUCCCUGAAAGUGACUUUUUUUUAGGGGGUUGAGGAAUAAAGCAUGAUCUAUUGUUUAAGGUG